ACGAAGCAAUGCGCUACUCGCUCUUGGCUGGGGGGAAGCGCGUGAGACCGGUGCUCUGUCUAGCGGCGUGUGAGCUCGUCGGCGGGCAGGAAUCCGCGGCCAUGCCGGCUGCUUGUGCCGUCGAGAUGAUCCAUACCAUGUCGCUAAUCCACGACGACCUCCCCUGUAUGGAUAACGAUGAUCUUCGCAGAGGAAAACCCACAAAUCACAAAGUCUUUGGCGAGGAUAUCGCUGUCUUGGCCGGAGACGCGCUUCUCUCUUUUGCAUUCGAGCACAUGUCAGCAUCCACUAUUGGUGUCACGCCGGAACGAAUUGUGCGUGCUGUAGGGGAAUUAGCGAAAUCAAUUGGAACGGAAGGGCUGGUGGCUGGUCAAGUUGUGGACAUAAGCAGUGAGGGGCUUGCAGAUGUGGGUUUGGAUCAUCUAGAGUUCAUACACAUACAUAAAACCGCAGUCUUGCUUGAAAGCUCGGUGGUUCUUGGGGCGAUUCUGGGAGGUGGGUCGGAUGAGGAGGUGGAAAAGUUGAGAACGUUUGCCAGGAACAUUGGGCUUUUGUUUCAGGUGGUGGAUGAUAUUCUAGAUGUGACAAAGUCAUCACAAGAAUUGGGGAAGACCGCCGGCAAGGAUUUGGUAUCGGAUAAGGCUACAUAUCCAAAGCUGAUGGGGAUAGAGAAGUCCAAAGAGCUUGCAGAGAAGCUGAAGAAGCAUGCAGUGGAGCAACUCCAAGGUUUUGAUAUGGACAAGGCGGCGCCUUUGAUUGCUUUAGCUAAUUAUAUUGCUUACAGGCAGAACUAGUUUGUUGUUGUAUAAUCUGAAACUCUUUGUUCGUUUCAAGUGGAAUCUGGACACAUUCUCCUUAUUGUUAAGAGGAAAUUCUGAAUGGAAGAAGCAGACUAUAUAUUGUUCUACAGGGUAUCGCUCUAAAUUGUUUUUUUCUUUUUUAUUCCUGCUUGUCAUGCUGCAGACUCUUGAAUGAAAUGAAUAUUGCUGU